AUAACCUACAGAGAGUUGAAGCUUUUGCGCUGCGAGGCAAGCUGGACGGCAUUCAGUCAGUGCCCAUCCCUGCUCCAGCUGAUGACUAUUCUGGAGAAGAAUGGAUUGGUGAUAUAUUCUAAGUUGAAGCAGAUAUGUAGAGAAGAUGGGCACACAUGCGUUGAAGAAGCUGACUUGACAUCAGUGCUGUCUGAGCACAUGUCUUUUGAGGAAGCCUGGCAGUCUCUGAAAUUUCUGAAGGAUCUUGGUGUGGUGACCUAUGAGAAGGGCUGUGUCUUUCUUUAUGAACUUUACCAGGCUGAGCAAGGCAUCGCCUCUUCAAUAUACGAUCUGAUGAACAGACCCCCAUGGCAUUUACAGGUGGAUGUCAAGAAGGUGCUGGCAUCCAUUUGUACCACAGAGCCCAAGGAUUCAGAAUGUAAUGAUGCAGUAGAUGAAAGCAAACCAGACCAAUCAGGAUUGGAAAAGGGUGAGAGUGUGUUGGACCCCCAGAAUAGUGAGGGCCAUAUUUGGAAUAAUGGUGAAAAUGAAUUGAAUGGGGAAAUAAAUGAUGUCUCCCUGGAUCAGGAUCAGGUAGCUGCCCUGGAAAUGGUUUGCUCCAAUGCUGUUACCGUUCUCAGUGGAAAAGGAGGCUGUGGAAAGACCACAAUUGUCAGCUGUCUCUUUAAGCAUGUAGAGCAGUUGGAAGAAAGAGAGGUGAAGAAAGCUUGUGAAGACUUUGAGCAGGACCAGGAUGCCUCAGAAGAAUGGCUUGCAUUUACUGAGCAAAGUCAACGGGGGGUGGAUAAGGCCAUAGAAGUUUUGCUUACAGCACCCACAGGGAAAGCAACUGGCUUACUGAGGCAGAAAACUGGUCUUCCUGCUUACACAUUAUAUCAGGUCAAUUAUAGCUUCUAUGUAUGGAAAAAAAAUCAGGUGAACAAGCCAUGGAAAUUUUCUGCGGUUAGAGUUCUGGUUGUGGAUGAAGGGAGUUUGGUAUCUGUAGGAGUCUUCAAAUCUGUUUUAAAGUUGUUGUGUGAGCAUUCCAAACUUUCUAAGCUUAUUAUCCUUG